AUGCAGCUGGAUAAUUUCAUGGUGGACACCAUCAAGGGCUGGACUCGUUCGACUUGUGUGGCCUUCAUCGCCUUGUGCAUGGCCGACAUCGACUUGAGUGAUGCAUCCCACCAUGCAAGGCUGCAACCGAUGCAGCGCGUGUUGGACAGAGCGUGGCUCUUGCCCAUGCACAUUGAGAUGGGCAUGUCCAAAGACGACCAGACCUUCCGAAAUCUCAGCCUAUCCUUCAGGGGCGCGGAGAGGCAACCACCCAACCUCCUACAAAUGGCCCUGAGGUUCUCCAAAGUCAUGGAUCGAAAUGCUGCUGGCGCUUCAGGGAACACGGAGGCGCGCCUCAAGCGCGUCAUCCAGGAAUUCAACAGCUCCCCUGGGUUACAUGUCAAACACCAGGUGGAGGGUGAGAAGGAACGAGCCGUCCUCAACCUCAUCGUGGGCAGCUGCAAGGAAGCGCGUGCUCUCAUGAGCCACCAUCUUUCUUUCACGAAAUGGAAGGACAGCUGCUUUUCGACAGAGCAGCUGCGCACCCAGAGGUGGUUGCUUGGCGCGCGUCCGAAGCACUGUAUGGAUGGUCUGGCUGAGAUCCUGACAGUGACACCGGUGGCGCAAACAAUGCUGAUGGAGCUUCACAUCAAGUCCUUCAAUGAAGCAUGCAGGAGAGUGAAGACAUCUGCCAGAGCCCGUGUUCGACCCAACUCUGAGGAGUUCGAGAAGAUGGUUGAUUUUGCAUGCAUUUUUGCUGCUUUGCGACAGGCAGCAAGAGCAACAACUUCUGACAAGAGUGUGGAUGGCAAGUUGAUGGAUGCUUUCUUGGCCAAAGACUACUGGCAAGAUGUGGAAGCGGCAGUGUCUACCAAGAAUGGUUCCUUCCGAUUGUCUGCGUUGGCAGUCUGGGCUGACCUGAUUGCACCGCCGUCCAUGCCAGCCUGCCUCCAAGUGGAAGCCUCCAGUGAUGCUGUGUUGGUCGCUCAGGAGCAUGCAGCGGAUAGCCGAUUCCGAGAGAUCAAAAUCAAGUUGGCAUCGGAUUGUCAAUCGAUGACAAGCUACCUCAUGGACAAGUCCAAAGCAGAGAGCAAGAGCCAUGUGUUGAAGGUACUUCACGAAAAGAAGCAGAACGAGAUUGGCAAGUCGGUGGUAGAUGAGUACAUGACUUGCUCCUGCUACAUUGGCUUGAUCGCUGAUGCCAGCCUUCCACCUGAAAUCGACACCGUCAUCCGUGGAAGCGCUGCGAAGCAGAAGGUGGGGAUGGAAAAGAUCCAAGUGGUCGGCUGGGUGGACCUGACCAAAGUCGGGGUCUUGACCCAGAAGGAUGUCAACAAGUAUGCAACAUGGAGCGAGAAGCUCUUGUCGAAGAACCCAACUGGCAGCUGCGUUCUCAUGGCAUGGCCCUUGCUGGCUUCUGCAGCUGGUUGUGGCGCUUUGCGCGCUGACAUCCGGAAGUUGGAGGACAAAUUGGUGCAGCAUAGAAUUGAGAUCCGGCCGUUCUUCCUUCCCAUUGACACUUCAGCGCUGAAUGGCAACAGGGAAAUGCCGUCGGGGUACCAAUGGAGCAUCUGCGUGCUGGACUCCACACUUCCUGCAAAGGGGACUGCCCAUCGUGCAAACAGAGGCUGUGAGAAGGUUGACAAGGCUGGUGUCAACAAGUUCUGCUUUAGCAAGCUCUGGUCAGCGCAGAUUUGUGGAAUGGCUGAAGCCAUCAAUGAACAAGACUUCGUGGUCCCUGGCAUGCUUGCAAGUAACGCAGUCUCCAGCGCUGAGGGGAGAAGGAACUACACUGAUUUGCAAGAGACGUCCCAGUGGCUGGGUGGGACUGACGCGCCGCUGAAGAUCUUGCAAGACCUGCUCACAGGUGCCGGAGCCAAUGAGAAUCACACCGUGGUGGUCAAUGCCAUCCUUUACGAUGGGGCACUGGAGAAGGCCUGUCUCAAAAGGAAGAUCUCAACAUGCAGCCAGUCAGAGAAGCAACCGAUCUUUACAUUUGCUUCGAAGUUGAUGAAGCAGCAUCUCUUGGAGUUGUGGAAGCAGAGUGACGGUCCAUUCACCGACAAGAACCCGAGAUACAAAGCUGAGAUUGAGCAGGACGAGCUGCCAAAGACACCAGAAGGACCAACUUUGAGUUUGUGCACCAUGGUGGACGGGGUCUUGGUUCUUCCAAGGGACGUGCGUCAGGAGUGGAUGACCGACCCAGUCCGAUCGCCUGAGUGGCGCCAACUUGUUCAGGAGUUCGAUAGGCUCUUUUCAACUCCUGCUGCUGCUGCUGCAAACGCUGCUGCAGCAUCUGCUUCUCCAACACCUGCAGCAAAUGCAGGGUCAACUUCAACCACAGCGGUGGACUGGCAGCGGCUGUUUGGGGCACCAAUGUCUUCUGAAAGCUUCCAGCAAACCUUCGCUGACAAGAUCAAGGGCAAGUUUGCGUGGUGCCCAGAGCUCAAUGGUUACCUGGUCCAGCCCACCGAGGGAGGAGGUGAUGACGAGGAUAGUGGCUUGCCGGUCUACCAGCUCUUCCUGGAAGCAACCCAGGACUACAAACUGGACACCAAUGAUGCUUUCCUGACAUAUGGCGCUGGGGCGUGGCUGACUGAUUCUAAGGCAGAUCAGUUUUUGGAAAAUGCACCCUCCAAUCAUCGUGGUGUACUUUGCGCUUUCCACGCUGAUUCGGAUUUGGCUAUUCUAGAGGAAAACGGUCAAGACGGUGAUCGCAAGACCUUGAAAGAUAUCAUCCAGCAAUGUGAACGCGCUGGCAUGAUCGACUUUGAGCUUGCUGGGCACUCCUACUCCCGCCCUGCUGCCGUCAUGCAGGGCCAAACGACGGACACGUUGGAGGUUCGACCAAAAGCACAGAAGAUGAUCUGGAGACCCAACGUGAUUCAGUUCAACCAUCUACGAUGCUCGAACGCUGCCUCUUUCUUCACCGUGGACAAUUUGAAGGUUGGCAUGCACUUUCCUGAGGCCUGGCGUUUGCGCCAAUACCGCUCUGAAAACACCCUUGGCGCUGCGAAGCCACUUUGGUUUCUGAACAGUCCACUAGACUUGGCCAAAAACACCGUUCAAAGGGUGGUGUGA